CCCAGUGCCCGGGAGGAGCAGCGGAGGAGGGAGCGAGCCAGCGAGGCGGCCCGGGGAGCGCGCGAGCGGCGGGCUGCCGGAGCCGCCUGUGCACGGCGGCGGCGAGGGUGGCUGUCGCCUGAGCAGCAGGAGCCGGGCCAGCGCGGAUUCCGCACCCGCCGAGUGUGAUGAAGCUGCCCUGCCUCGCUGCUCCGCUUGCCGCCAGCUGACACCGCCUGCUCCCAGCCCGCCCGCCGAGGGAGGCGCCGCGGGGCCGUGACCUUGGCCCAGGAGGGUAGACUCAUUCCUGUAUCUGGGAGCUGAGCAAGUGUGGGGUGACAUGGCCCAGGGGAAUAAUUAUGGGCAGACCAGCAACGGGGUGGCAGAUGAAUCGCCCAACAUGCUGGUGUACAGAAAGAUGGAAGACGUCAUAGCACGCAUGCAAGAUGAAAAAAAUGGAAUUCCCAUCCGUACUGUCAAAAGCUUUCUUUCCAAGAUACCCAGCGUCUUCUCUGGGUCAGACAUUGUUCAAUGGUUAAUAAAGAACUUAACUAUAGAAGAUCCAGUGGAGGCGCUCCAUUUGGGAACAUUAAUGGCUGCCCAUGGCUACUUCUUUCCGAUCUCAGAUCAUGUCCUCACACUCAAGGAUGAUGGUACUUUUUACCGGUUUCAAACACCCUAUUUUUGGCCAUCAAAUUGUUGGGAGCCGGAAAACACAGACUACGCGGUUUACCUCUGCAAGAGAACAAUGCAGAACAAGGCGCGGCUGGAGCUGGCAGACUACGAAGCUGAGAGCCUGGCCAGGCUGCAGAGGGCCUUCGCCCGGAAGUGGGAGUUCAUUUUCAUGCAAGCAGAAGCACAAGCAAAAGUGGACAAGAAGAGAGACAAAAUCGAAAGGAAGAUCCUCGAUAGCCAAGAGAGAGCAUUCUGGGACGUGCACAGACCUGUGCCUGGAUGUGUAAAUACCACUGAAGUGGACAUUAAGAAGUCCUCCAGAAUGAGAAACCCACACAAAACACGGAAGUCUGUCUAUGGUUUACAAAAUGAUAUUAGAAGUCACAGUCCUACCCACACACCCACGCCAGAAACUAAAGCUCCCACAGAAGAUGAGUUACAACAACAGAUAAAAUAUUGGCAAAUACAGUUAGAUAGACAUCGGUUAAAAAUGUCAAAAGUUGCUGAUAGUCUGCUAAGUUACACGGAACAGUAUUUAGAAUAUGACCCAUUUCUUGUGCCACCUGACCCUUCUAACCCAUGGCUGUCGGAUGAUACUACCUUCUGGGAACUUGAAGCAAGCAAAGAACCAAGCCAGCAGAGGGUAAAACGAUGGGGUUUUGGCAUGGAUGAAGCAUUGAAAGACCCAGUUGGGAGAGAACAGUUCCUUAAAUUUCUAGAGUCAGAAUUCAGCUCAGAAAACUUAAGAUUCUGGCUGGCAGUGGAGGACCUGAAGAAAAGACCUAUCAGAGAGGUCCCCUCCCGAGUUCAGGAAAUAUGGCAAGAAUUUCUGGCGCCAGGUGCCCCCAGUGCCAUUAACUUGGAUUCUAAGAGCUAUGACAAAACCACGCAGAAUGUGAAGGAGCCCGGACGAUACACAUUCGAAGAUGCGCAGGAGCACAUUUACAAAUUGAUGAAAAGUGACUCAUACCCACGUUUUAUAAGAUCCAGUGCCUAUCAGGAGCUUCUACAGGCAAAGAAAAAGGGGAAAUCUCUCACAUCAAAGAGGUUAACAAGCCUUGUUCAGUCUUACUAAAAGGAUCAUCUUGUAGCAUGGAAGCAGACUGGAGUCAUUGCAUAUACUUUGUAGCUCUAUGUUGUUACCCGGAGCAAAGGACAUUAGACCAAGAUGUUGCAUGAGCAAAGGACCUGAAUUGUUCUUUCUUUGUGUGCAUUAAGGGAUUGUCAUCUCCAAGGAACUCUACCAUCUCAAUGCCUCCAUUUCAAAAUGUUGUCUGCUUACUUCCUCCUUGUACUAAGCUGGAUCUGUGUCUUUUCCUUUUUAAUAAGUUCAAGUGAAGUAGACCUUUCCCCACCCCCACCCCUCUCUCUCUUUCUCUUAAAGCUUCUGCUAGACACUGUGCACUGAAAAUUCAGUCCGUCACAAACUGGAAGAAGUGUAAAAGAAAAAAGCAUAUAUCAAUAAGUAUACAUAUGGCUUCACAUUUAUUAAACGAUAAAUUAGCAGAGAAGUUUUCAUUUCACCGAUGUAUUCACAGUCAGAAACAACCUCCUGUCUUUCUCUGCUGUCUAUACACUCUCGGUUAAUGUUUCUUGCAUUUAUUUUUAUACCAUAUUUAAAUAAGAAACACAUUUUACUCCAAAUGUA